AUGCCGCUUUUAAAGGGAGGUCGGUACGCUGUUACUCGAACAAAAAAGUACCUUGAUGCCGGUAGAAUUAUUUUCCGCGAAAAUGUAAAAAUCAUGGCCAUCAACACCUUGUCUAAAGGUGAAAUAUCCGAAGGGGCUCGCGAAUUUAUCAAAUGGCAUUUACCUCCUCUUCAAUACAAGAACCCUUCCGUCCAAAUUGUUACUUUGCGGGACAUUUGUCCUACACCUUUUAUUAAAUUCUACCUUUCCGACGGUAGAGAAUUCAACGUUGACUGCUCAUUUCACACCGCUGAUAGUAUUCAAGAUCAUAUUGCAUUAGUUUGCGCCAAAACCUACGACACCAUAAAGAGGGAGGAAGUGGAGAAUCAGAAAAUUGUAAAUCCGGCGAAUUUUGGGUCAAAAUAUCCACGUCAGUGUAUAUGUGAAGUGUAUGGUCAGGUUCCGUGCUCAUCUCAACAGGGCAAAUCAAAGCCUUGGGAGGGGCAGGAACCCAAUUUACCUCCCAUGCCGGAAGAGGUUGAAAAAUCUCCGUGA